AACUUCCCCAAUUUCCCGCUCCUCCAGUCCUUUCACCGGGACAACCAUCCCCACCGCCGAAAACACACGAACACCAAUACUGUGUGUUAUGCAAACAAGUCAAGAUGAAAUGUUGAGUCAACCUCAGCAGCAAAUUCUAGAGCAAAACGAUGACGUAUCGGAGCUGGAAGAAAUAGAGGAAGAAGUGAACCAAAUGGCUGAGAGAAUUGCGGAGUACCGGGGAGCAAUUUCGGUUCAGCUCAAAACUACUGUCUCUUCCAUUCUUACCGCUCAAAGACCCGUUUUGGGCACCCAUUUUGACGAUGGGUCCGAAUCUCAAUCUGGGUCCUCCGGCGAUCCAAGCUCCGAUGUUGAAGGACCAAUUGAAUCUGGUAAUAUUGCCAUUUUAGCUGGAGAUGAGCAGAAAGUACAGCUCCUUAAACAGAAGAUUUCGGAGAAUGCCUCUGCCAUACCUGUUGUAUUGACUAGGAUGAAGGAAUGUAUGAAAAGGAUUGAUAAAUUACAAUCGUGCAACGGAGUCAUCCAUCCUGCCUUUAAAAGAAAACGGACUUAUUGAGAGUUAUUAGUAUGGUAUUGUAGAUGUAGCUUAGGUUAUGCUAAACAGAACAGACCAUGGCAAAGUUCACACGUAGGGACAGACGCCCGUAAAUUUGUCUAUGUAAGUUUCAU